AUGAGUGCGCUGCAGGAGUCGCGUGGCACGGAGCAAGCAGCAUCGAGGAGACGGGCGAGGCGGACAACGGAGCGCGAGGUGUGGAAGAAAGAGAGCGAUGAUUCGAUCAGAAGGGAGAGAGGGAGACAGUUUUGGAAGGUGGAGUUGCCGAGGAAGCUGUGGAAGAAGCCUUCGCAAGCUGGGUUUGUGAAAUUAGAUCCCAGGUUACUGUCGAAAGGGCUUGGGAAGGGAGUAUCGUCUGAGGACGUUAUGGUAGGGGAUUGA